AUGUCUUCGAAAACUGAUGGUAAAGGGACAGAAAUACCAGAAGGAUUAUAUGAUUCGUCAGCCGGCAAAACAUAUAAACGCAUGACAUUUUUCGGCAAGGGUUCAUUUGCAGAAUGUUAUGAAAUUGUAGAUGUGGCGACAAAUGAAGUGUAUGCUGGUAAAAUUGUUUCAAAGAAGCUCUUAAUGAAACAUAAGCAAAAAGAGAGAAUGGUCCAGGAAAUUACUAUACACAGUUCUGUAAGUCAUCCUAACAUUAUUAAAUAUCACGGUUUCUUCGAAGACAAUUACAACAUUUAUAUCGUUUUGGAACUGUGCAAGAAAAGAUCUAUGAUGGAAUUACACAAACGUCGGAAAACCAUAACUGAAUAUGAAUGUCGUUAUUAUAUAUAUCAAAUCAUUCAGGGUGUUAAAUACUUGCACGAUAACCGCAUAAUACAUCGCGAUUUGAAAUUACGUAAUCUCCUUCUAAACGACAUGCUCCACGUGAAGAUUGGUGAUUUUGGUUUGGCCACGC